UAAAUCGGGGUCCAAGAGACUGUGCGCUCUAUAUAUAUAUAUAUAUAUAGUUUGUUAUGAGAGGAUGCUCACUCAAACAGAACUUGUCGUCGGUGAUCGUAUCUUUCAUUAAAGCAUCCGUCUCUUAUAGGUGUACACUCUUUCGCUCUGCUCAGAACAUUAAAAGAUCCAGAUAUUAAAGCCACCACUAUGAAGACGAUAAACAAAAUACUGGUGUUAAUACAGAUAGGCUCGUCUGUCUCUGGUCAGUUGCCGGCUUUUUUACAACGUUUCAUGCCGAGAAUUGCUGGUUACUCUCUACUGACCCCUUCUGCUUCCCAUAACUCCCCUUCCUACUUCUCGCCACAACAGUCUUUCGGAUCCCUAACUGGUCAAGGAUCUUUUGGAAAUCCCAACUUAAUGAAUUUCGGUCCUUACAGUUCGAGUCUUCGAUCCCAAUUAUCAAACUACGGUAAUUUACCAAUGGCGUCUUCAGCAAACUUCGCAGCAUCCUAUCCUCAACGGAACAUCUAUCAAAGCUCGGGAUCAUCGUUUGCACCCUCCAGCUUCGGACAGUCACCGUAUGGAUUUUCUUCUAAUUUCGGACUCAAUCCUGCUUCUUUUGGAGGACACAAACUAUCCCCGGGCACUUCACUCACAGAUUUUGAUGCAGCUGAAAGCUUUGAGGGUGGAGCAGACUUUUUGGAUGAUUUUCCAGGCUUUUCCAAUGCAGACUUCGCAAAAGAUCUGAAUUUCGCUGGAUCGCAGGCGAUAAGAUACAGGGAGCCAUUUUCCGUGAAUGAUUUUACUCUCAAAAAGAGAUCUGGUACUUUGUGAUUUGGAAGACAAUUGAUUCAUAUGUAUUCAUAUAUCAACCAUUUGUAAAUAAAUCAUUUUGUUUAAUA